AUGAGAGAGCUAAAUUUUAGAUCGGUGCCAUCUAACAGAGCGGCCGUGUCGAUUACUACUACCCUGUACGAUCGGAGAGCCCUCGAUUGUACUGCUGAUAGACCGCUUGUCAAUUCGUUGAAUCAUUUGACUUAUUUGGCGUCGUCAAGUGCUCGUGUUCGCGAGACGUUGUGUGUCGAUGGCGGUCUGGAACGAUUAGUGGCUAUUCUGAAAGAGUGUCGAGAUGAUUUUCAUUCGAAUCCAGCUGUUAAAGAAGAAAAAACUGAUGGCGGUCUUGAGGAUGGUGAAAAUGAUGGUACUAAUAUGACCUUGUCUCGCAUUACAAAAGAGCAAGAAAUGCUCACUGCAUGGAAAUGGACUCUGGCUCUUCAGUGCCUGGUUUUUCUUGGUACUCGUGGAACUGAACAGAUUCGUAGUAGAGUCGUGGAUGCUGGCUUGAUUCCUGUGAUUACUACUAUUCUCGACAAUUAUUUAUACAAUACCACUGAAAAGACAAAGUGGAUGCAAAAGGCUCGUGCUAAUUUCUUAGGAAAGACUAGUAGUAGUAGUAGUAGUGGUGGCAGUGUUGGUAGCACUGGAUCGAGUCAUGGGUCUAGUAAUGGUGUUCGUAGUAUGGGAAGUACCGGUACUGGAAAUGCCGUUAGUAUGAAUCCAAGUAGCACUGAAGGUAGACGAUAUGUUAGUGGCCAUACUACAGCAGCCGCUGCUUUAACUACUGCUGCCUUUGGCGACGACACCCCUGGUCCUGGCUCAGUUGCUGUUGCUUCUACCACUGCUACUAGUGCUGGCACUAGUGUUGCUGGUUUUGCAAAUUCUUCUUCAAAUUCAUCUUCACAAUCUUCUACUUCUUCUUCAUUCGGUCCUUCAUCUACUUUUUCUUCGUCUUCGUUUACACCAUUUUCUAAUCACCUUCGACCAGUACGAUCCAACAAUUCCACUGCUGAAUCUGUAGCUUCUAGCUCGGCUUCUAGCGUCUUUUCAGUAGCAUCCAUGUCUUCAUCUGUUUCUUCAGUCUCUUCUUUAGAAAGUUUCGAUAGUCGCAAUGAAAUGGCCAGUGCCGCUGCUGUUGCAAACUCACAAAAUGUGUCCUAUUUCCAACAGCAACAACAGCAAGUCCAACAGGCAAUGGCCCAACAACAAUUGACUGAACAGUUACAACAACGAUCGAUGCCCAAUGAUCGAAGACCAAUGUCUACUUCAGCAACUAUUAACUCGUCAUUUGCACAAAAUAUGCUAGCAGCUGCUUCAGUGCCUGCUAAUUCAUUACGCACCAAUCAGCCCAACCCUCGAUUCCCUCCUCUUCAUUCCCAAGCAUCGAAUGCCGUAUUCCACACCCAUGCACGAGCUUCACCAUCGGCUCAUACUCAUACCCACGGAUCUGCUAGCUCGGUUUCGGGAUCUGUAAGUCCAGCUGGACCUUCAGCCGGAAACUUGCUAGGACCCGGAGCUGUGGCUGCUGGAGCUGUGACCGGAAUUGUACCUGGAUCUGGUGUGAUUCCCAAUUUUACUCGUCAACAACAACAACACCAUCAUCAUCACCACCACUUUCACGAUCACCAUCAUCACCAUCAUCGUCUCGACUCUAAUGCUUCUAGUGCUACUAGUACUAGUCUUGAUAGCAUGAGAUCAGUCUCUCCUGAGGCACCUCCUGGUUCUGGUUCUACAACUGGUAGUACCCUUGCAUUGUCGAGUCUUCCUGAUGAAGACAAUGAAGAAUAUGACUCUGCCACUACCAUCACCACUAGCACUACAAUCCCUGCUACCAUGGGUGAUGGGUCGAUUUCGACUGCUAUCGUCGACCCCGAGUCGACCUCGGAAGACGAUAAUCCACUGUCGACCUGGUCAGACAUGAUUCUUCGUCCUCAACAGGAACGGCAACAACAGCAAGAACAACAACAGCAACGUCAAGAGAUGCAACAACAGCAACAGCAGCAACAACAACAAUUACCAUUACAAUUGCCAUUACAACAGCAAUUAUUAGGAGAUAACCUUACUACUGAACAACAGCGAUUCCCAUUACCUAUUCGACCAGCCCAAGGCGCGGUGCAAACUGCGACUUCAGUUGCCAGAAGAGGUGUUGGUACUACUAUGGAUGGUGCUACUGGUGCUACAAAUGCUACAAAUGCUGCUGCUAAUCAAGCCGAUGCCACUACCAGUAGAGGAACUUCUGUUAACUCCAGUGUUGCAUCGGCAGUGUCUGCUGUUCCAAGACAAUUCCGUGAACAUGUGAUUGUAGCUCGUGAAGAAGAUAUCAUUUGGGCUCUAGAGAUUCUCGCAUUCGUGUCGAAAUACGCCUAUCUCAAACCCAGUCUUCAAAACAGCCAUAUUGUUCCCCGUUUGUCGGUACGAGAGUCUGCAAAACAAUUCCAACAACAACAAGUUAAAUCACCAGCAUCAUCGACAUCGCCAAGAUCUGCAGAAUCUAAUGGCGGAUAUGAUGAAAUGGACGUUGAUGCCGAAGAGUCGGACAACAACCAUUAUCACCACUAUCAUCAUCACCACCACAACCAUAGUCAACUACCAUCUACGCCAUCAUCAUCUGCUAGCACUAUAACCAGUACCUCAAGUCCCGAAACAAAGUCAUGGAAUUAUGACGAGUACGACUUCGAGGCCGAAAAAGAUAUCGACAGCGAGUAUCUGGGCGAAACCAUCAACAUCUUUCCACUGGUGGAAAAGUUCACUGUUAAGCAGUUCCCCAAGGAAAUCCAAUACUGGGCCGGUGUUAUCAUGCGUAACUCGUGUCGUAGAAACGAGUCUUUGGGAGGUAUUCGACAGUGUGCCAACUUCGACUGCGGCAAAUGGGAGGAGUAUCCUCGCCAGUUUGCAAAAUGCAGACGCUGUAAACGAACAAAGUAUUGCAGCAAGAACUGUCAAUUGCAAGCGUGGAACUUCCACCGUCACUGGUGUGUACAAUCUGGUGCUGGCAGCAGUACUAGCAGUGGCAGUAGCUCGUCUCGUCACACUAACAGCUCCACUGCCACCUCUGCUACAUCUACCACGACUUCACACACCCACUCGGUCCGCACCACCACUCCUGGCACUGUACCUCCUGCUACUGCUACCCCCAAUGGACCCAACCCGGCCCCUGCAUCCCGUUCCCUGCCGACCAUAGAGUCGACAACUAGUUCCUGA